AUGCCAGCCAGGGAUCCAGGAGCCGAAGCCGAUAUAGCUCUAGGAAGCAUUCACUACAGAACUGGCAGGGGUUUAGCACGUUCACAGUUUGGGUUCUGCGGUACCACCUCCGAAUUUUGCGGCACUGGCUGCCAGGAUGGAUAUGGUUCAUGUGGAGACGUCGACAGGCCAACUUGCUCCGGAACCUCAGCAGAGAAUGGCCGGCGAAUCGGAUACUAUGAAAGCUGGGCUGACGAUUCAAGCUCCCGACUCUGCAAUCGGAGAACACCAGAUGAGAUCCCACUGGUCGGUCUAACGCAUCUCAAUUUUGCGUUCACCUUUUUCAACCCAACCACUUUUGAAAGCCCGGGUCUGGAAACUUGGAUUUCCCUUGGUGGUUGGACAUUUAACGAUGAGGGCAAUACCCCAGACACUCGUACGGCUUUCAGUGACAUGGUCAGUGCCUCUGCAAAUCGGCGCCAAUUCAUUAGGCAUCUGCAAAACUUCAUGCAAUCUUAUGGCUUUGAUGGUGUCGAUAUUGAUUGGGAGUACCCCGCUGCCGACGAUCGUGGGGGCUCAUCUGCCGACACGGAAAACUUUGUGAAGCUGUUGAAAGAGAUGCGAUCAAGCUGGGGUACUUCGUAUGAUAUGAGUGUAACUUUGCCAUCCUCCUACUGGUACCUGCAGGGCUUUGAUCUUGCCGGAAUGGCAAAACAUCUUGACUGGUUCAAUUUCAUGAGUUAUGACAUUCACGGUGUCUGGGAUUCCAAGAAUCAAUAUACUGGUCCUUACAUUCGUCCUCACACCAACCUUACUGAGAUCAAAGAAGGCCUAGAUCUAAUGUGGAUGGCUGGAGUUGAGCCGAGCCAGGUGGUUUUAGGACUUGGCUGGUACGGAAGAUCAUUCACUCUCGCCGAUUCAUCCUGUUCUAGGCCCAAUGGACUCUGCGAGUUCAGUGGAGGUGGCAAUCCCGGUUCAUGUACCAACUCUGCCGGGACUCUUUCAAUCGCCGAGAUCAAGAAGAUUCAAGAUUCUGGUGUCGCUACUGAGAAUUAUGACUCCACGGCGGCAGUGAAGUGGAUUACUUGGGACAAAGACCAGUGGGUGAGCUUUGACGACGGUGUAACCAUGAUGCAAAAGAUGAAAGCCGCAAACAAGCUUUGCCUUGGUGGUAUUAUGAUCUGGGCAAUGGAUAUGGACAACGAUAACGGAGAUGCUAUGAGCGACCUCAUGGGCAUUGGUAAAGCCAAUGGCGUUACGUCCACUCAAGCAGCUAGUUACAAGGAACAGUAUGAAAAUGUUGCCGAGCAGAACGCCGUCGCAUCAUCUUGUUACUGGAGUCUGUGUGGGGAAACCUGCAAGAGUUCAUAUUUCGACGUCACAGAAGCGAGAGGGCAAGUAGCGAACGUCCAACAAAGUUCUGUUUGCCCCGUGGGUGAAUACCAAACACUGUGCUGCGCUCCUCAAACGACAAUGGGAACGUGCAAGUGGGAAGGUUUCCGUGGCGUGGGUUUACCGUGCACUCCUGUAUGCUCGGAUGCCGAUGCGGUUAUCGUGGCGCAGAAUAGUAACUCCUAUUCAAUGGACCACGUUAUUCUUUGA